AUGCAGCUACACUGCCUUAAAAUUGUAAUCCUGUGUGCUUUGGUUCGUGACGUAUCAGCUAUAGGUUCACAGGGUACAGGAGGGCCUCCAGGGACAUGUGGUCCAAAAGGAACAGGAGGGCCUCCUAGCACAGCUGGGCCACCAGGAACAGGAGGCCCACCAGGUACAUCAAGAGGACCACCAGGAACAGGAGGCCCGCCAGGAACAUCAAGAGGCCCAACAGGUGCAGAUGGCCCUCCAGGGACAAAGGGGGCAUUAGGCACAAGUGGACCACCAGGUACAGGGGGACCUCCAGGAACAAGUGGUCCACCAGGCACAGGAGGACCCCCCGGAACAGGAGGACCACCAGCAACAGGAGGACCACCAGGUACAGGUGUCCCUCAAGGAACAGAGGGACCACCGGGAACAGAGGGGCCACCAGGAACAGGGGGACCUCCAGGAACAAGUGGUCCACCAGGCACAGGAGGACCCCCCGGAACAGGAGGACGACCAGCAACAGGAGGACCACCAGGUACAGGUGUCCCUCAAGGAACAGAGGGACCACCGGGAACAGAGGGGCCACCAGGAACAGAGGGGCCACCGGGAACAGGAGGUCCACCUGGAACAGCAGGGCCAACAGGAACAGGAGGACCACCAGGUACAAAUGGCCCACCAGCAACGAGUGGACCACCAGGCACAAGGGGGCCACCAGGGACAAGUGGCCCACCGGCAACAGGAGGGCCACCUGGGACAGGAGGACCACCGGCAACUGGAGGGCCACCUGGAACUGGAGGGCCACCAGGGACAGGAGGACCACCGGCAACUGGAGGGCCACCUGGGACAGGAGGACCACCAGGGACAGGAGGAUCACAGGCAACUGGAGGACCACCUGGAACUGGAGGGCCACCAGGUGCAGGAGGACCAACAGGAACAGGCGGUCCCCAAGGAACCGGAGGUCCACAAGGAAUAAGCACUGGUGGACCCCCAGGAACAGAAGGGCCCAAAGGUAAGACCAAAGGAAAUAAAUCAAACUGA